AUGAUCAGACGCGAGGACGUCCUCUUUGCCAGCUUGGUCAGCAGACUCAAAAUGUCUCGAGAAGUGGCGAAAGCGGCCAAGUCCGCCUCGAACGCCAUCGCUGUUUCCAAGAAAUACACCGUUCAGUCUACAGGCAUCUGGGAAGUGAUCCGACGCACACUGGCCGUCGACCCAACCCGAUCCACCGGUGUCCCAUUGAACUCUCAAUUCCGCAAUCCAGCACCAGGCGCCCUACCACCUCAAUCAUACGAUGAACCCGUCACUCUCCCCGCCGCCGACCUCGCAGAUAACCCUUACUGGAAACGCGAUGUCCGCCGCAACUACCCUCAACUCAGCGUUUUCAGCCAAGGCGACGUUGCCGGACUUUUGACCUUUGGAAAUAAGCAGGCACCCAAGGAAGACGCUCUUCAGCUUGGAGAGGCUGGUGAGAAGCAAUUGAUUGCUGCUAAGCAGGAAGGAGAUGAAAAAGGAUUGGCAGCACAAUUUGAGAAGGAUAAGAACAGUGUCAAGAGUGUUUUGGGACCUGAUGGUUUACCACCCCUUCCCGUCAGACUCAACAACCUAGCCAAGUACGAAUUGGGAUCUGGCCAGGGAUACCCAGAGAAGUAUGGUUCUUCUUCUUCUUCUUCUUCUUCUUCUUCUUUCCUUGCAUUAUCGAUCUAUGCGACUCAUAUGACUUGUUGA